AGUGGCUUUAUCAACAAGCGCGCCCGCCUACAUUGGUGGGCCCAGUGAUGCCAUCUCAUCAAGCUCAAUGCGCGGAUUGGUACAGUAUCUUUUGCCUCAUUUGGCAGGCUGGGAGUUUGAGCAGUGCCCCGCUGACGAAGCUUGCCCGGCCGACUGGUUGGUUAAGUACCCGAUCACCUACAGCCUUUCUCCAAAUUGAAAAAAAGCAACGAUGCGUUUGUGAGAGUUCUUGCGGCGGUCAAAUGCCUACGUACAAACCCUCAGUCUUAUUCCGUAUGAUGCCGGGGCAGACUUGCAUUUGAGGGAAAAAUCUGCAACGCAGUGCACUUUGCUUACUCAACUCCACCGAGCAAAGUCAGUUUCUUGAAUUGAGCUCAAACUCUCAUUUUAAAAGAGUGCUGUUGCUAAAACUGGAAGUCAGCAAAAUUUUGCUGUACGCUGCAUCGCACAGUUGACUCAGUAUUAGUGGAUUUUUGCCUCCGUUGUUUGCUCAAGGAGUUUGAAGUCGCCAUGCCUCGACCAGCGAGGAGCACGUACAGCGACGCCAAGCCGCCGUACUCGUACAUUUCCCUCACGGCUAUGGCGAUACAGAACUCAGGCGAGAAGAUGCUACCGCUGAGCGAUAUCUACAAGUUCAUCAUGGAUCGGUUCCCGUACUAUCGCAAGAACACCCAGCGAUGGCAGAACUCUCUCCGGCACAAUCUGUCCUUCAAUGACUGCUUCAUCAAGAUCCCUCGCCGGCCCGACCGCCCGGGGAAAGGCAGCUACUGGGCCCUGCACCCCCUCAGCGCUGAUAUGUUCGAGAACGGCAGUUUCUUGCGACGCCGUAAGAGAUUCAAAUCUCCUAGGAUCACCGCCAUUGACCACAACCUUCAGAUCAAGCAGAUCGACUCGGCUAAGAUCUUCCAAGAGCAAGCCAAGAUAGGACUUCCACCAUUCGCUGCGUUGGGCUCGCUAUCGCCGUACGCAGUUCCUGUACCGAGUAUGGCUAUGACAUGUUGCACGGCUAGCUCGCCCACCUACCCGUCCAAACACGGUUUCAUCCCCUCCACCAGUCCCACCAUGAAGCAGGCUUUCACCAUCGAGAAUAUCAUCUCGCCGGAUUUCAAACCCUCUGCAGCCAAAUCGGGACCACAGACAAUCAAAGUUGCAAAGGCUGUCCAGUCGGCGUUGUCCGCCACGACGACGAGUUGCUCGAACCUACCGAGUCCGACCUUCACUGGCAAGGGGGCCUGGACCUCGAUCGCCCCGGCAGUUGGCCGCUGUGCUGCGCCCCUAUCGCCGGAGGAGCGUGCUUACCUGAGCGAGUACACGGCCCAUUGCAGGACGAUCCUACCGCCCUCAUUCCCACCGACUCCAGCGUUUCCCCUGCCGAUCAAGCCCACCGUGCACGGGUUAGGCGUCACCUCACACACCGGUGCUAUGCUCCCCUCGCUAUCCACCUCUGGUCCCAUCGUGCAUGACGGUGCGCUCGUAUCCAAGUGCAAUAGGCCAACGCUCGUAUAGUUGUACUCCCUCAUUCCAUCCCAGAACCCUGUCAAUACCUACAACAUUCAAAUUAUAACUGUAGCUCAAGCUGUUGCAUGGGGGACUGCUAUGAGUUUGUUUCGUGGGACCAAUACAUCUAACGGAGCACCUUAGGUACAGGUGUGUACACAAACCCUAUCUUUUAUUUUAAAAACACACACCAAUUUCAACAGUAAUAACAUCAACGUGCUUUUAUUGUUUGCCAUGUUUAAACCAUUUGCAACGCAAAGACGAUCAUGCUAGUCAUAUUUUCCCUGAAAUAACAAAAAUCUCUGUGUAUUCAUCGCAUGAUUGCAAUCGGAGACAUUUGGAGUCAUACCGUACAUUUGGUUCACAGCUAAAAUGAAUCUUGAGUUGACAGGUAAGGAUCUUUAAUCUGCACAUGCGCCACAUUAACUAGUGAUUAAGUAUUUACAUUCUAAGUUCAAAAAUGUAUAAUUAACUACCGCAAUGCAAUAGCAAUGGCAGAAAUGGUAUCCAAGAUAAAAAAAAAACCACCUAAUAACUAAAUAUAUAUGCGAUUUCCAAACAAAUCUUGACAUGGUAACUUGAGAGGUUCUUGUACACGUUUGUACAUCGUAUACCUGAAAGCAUAUCUGUCCUAAAAAUCUAAACUUUCUACCAGAAGUUCUUGUCUAUAAAAUGCUACACUCUAAAACUGUGUUUAGCAAUUAAACACAAUCUUGAUAUCACUUUGUAAACAUGUUUAGAAGCUAAACAUUAUUGUGUUCAAUUCCUAAACAUCAAUGUGCAAUUCCUAAACAUCAAUGUUCAAUUGCUUAACACUAUACAUCCUUACUCCAUCACGUUCAGUAUUUAAACAUGUUUACAAACUGAUAGCAAGAAAGUGUUUAGAAAAGUGUUUAAUUGCUAAACACAGUUUUUGUAGUGUAACCUACUUUAUACAUCAGAUUUUGGAGAGCCUAUGAUAUCUCAUUUGAUCCAUUUCAUUAAGAGAUUAACUUUCGCUGUCAUAUUUUUAAAUAUACAUCAAGCUGAUAUGUAUUAUGUAAGAACAUUUGCCCGAUUGGUUUCUUCGAAGUUGUUAACUUGAUUCCUUGAGUUUGCAUAGGGAGUGGAAUCAUCACUGUCAUCAAACAGUGUAGGCCUCAGAGUUGUAAAAGAUGAUCUUCCCAUAAAGGGGUCAAAUGGACAUUUUCUCCCUGCAGAGGUUCCCCUCAAAUGUAUAGCAGUACUGAAUCCUUCUCCAAAUACCGAAGUGCAUAUUUAGAUGCUGAAAUAGUUAAUUGUGCAACAUCAAAGUAUGCUCAUUGAUUGAAUCUUCUCCUGUAUAUUUGACAAAGAAUUGUAAAUAAUAUUAACUUCAAACUGUUGUACAUAAAAUACUCCUGUACUGUAUAGUUAUGUGACAGAAAUAAUACUGUUUAUUUCCAAAUUUCCUUUGAAGUUUAUUUUUGGUUGAUUUUCCCACCGCAAUCAUCUCCAUUGGGGUAGUCACGUGACAGUUAGUUGAGGUAAAACACAAAUAGUACACGUUGAAGACAACAAACUGACCAAUGGGUGAUCGUUUAGCAUAGAUUAAUUUUGAUUUUCAGAAACAGUUAUUACGUGUUAUGCGAUUGGUUAAGUGGAAGGGUUUAGUGUUUAAAGUUUAUCUUGUAUCUUUUUACUUUCAAUGGUUCAACAGCCUUAAACUUCUACUCCCGGCAUUAAAGUUUUGAAAUACAUGUUA